UUAGCAGUCCUGUUUGUCUCUGGGAAGCGGUUUGAUGGCGUUUGCGCAUGCGCUAAUAUGGACCGUUAACUGUCAGUGUUCCAGCUGAGACAGAGACAGAGAGAGAGAGAGAGAAGAGGGAAAAGAGCCGAACCGAACCGAGUUCAGCCGAACUGGAGACUUUUACCGGUGACAGAUUAGUUUUAACUUCUUGGUGUCAGUGCUGAGGUGUGGAAAAUAAAGAGUAAGAGUUGAAAGCUAGCUAACUUUCUCCGUGUUUGCGUCCAGAACCUGGAUAGUGACAGCCAAGGCGAGGACGUGUAGAGGGUGUUUCUGUGGAGUCAUGGGGAACCAGGGCAUGCAGGAGCUCAUUCCGCUGGUGAACAGACUCCACGAGGCGUUCAGUGUCCUCGGGCGGAGCUGCAGUCUGGAGCUGCCGCAGAUCGCCGUGGUGGGAGGACAGAGUGCAGGCAAGUCCUCUGUCCUCGAGAACUUCGUGGGCAGGGAUUUCUUACCGAGAGGCUCAGGGAUUGUCACCCGAAGACCACUUGUGUUACAGCUAAUCAGCUCCAGCUCAGAGUAUGCUGAGUUCCUGCACUGUAAAGGGAAGAAGUUUACGAACUUUGAUGAGGUUCGACAAGAGAUUGAAGCAGAGACAGACAGAGUUACAGGAGCCAAUAAGGGCAUUUCUUCCAUUCCCAUCAACCUACGUGUUUACUCACCAAACGUGCUCAACCUGACUCUAGUAGACUUGCCGGGCAUCACUAAGGUUCCAGUAGGGGAUCAGCCUCCAGACAUCGAAUACCAGAUCAGAGACAUGAUCAUGCAGUACAUUUGCCGGGAAAACUGCCUCAUCCUGGCUGUCACACCUGCAAACAUGGAUCUGGCCAACUCAGAUGCCCUCAAACUGGCCAAAGAUGUCGACCCACAGGGUCAGAGGACCAUUGGCGUCAUCACUAAACUAGAUUUGAUGGACGAGGGGACGGAUGCCAGAGAUGUGCUGGAGAACAGGGUACUGCCCUUAUGCAGAGGUUACAUUGGAGUGGUGAAUCGCAGUCAGAAGGACAUUGAGGGGAGAAAGGACAUCAGUGCGGCUAUCGCUGCAGAGCGGGUGUUUUUCCUCUCUCAUCCAGCUUACAAGCACAUGGCCGACCAAAUGGGAACACCUUACCUGCAGAGGGUCCUCAACCAACAACUGACCAAUCACAUCCGGGACACACUACCAGUGUUCCGUAACCGGCUGCAGUCUCAUUUAUUCUCACUGGAUAAAGAGGCUGAGGAAUACAGACACAUGAACCCUGAUGACCACACACGCAAGACCAAAGCACUGAUGCAGCUUAUCCAGCACUUUGGGCUGGACUUUGAGAAGAUGAUUGAGGGCUCUGGCGCCCAAGUGGACACCAUUCAGCUCUCAGGAGGAGCCAAAAUCAAUCGCAUCUUUCAUGAACGCUUUCCCUUUGACCUAGUCAAGAUGGAGUUUGAUGAGAAAGAGUUGCGGCGUGAGAUAAGCUAUGCCAUCAAGAAUAUUCAUGGGAUCAGGACAGGCUUGUUCACUCCUGACCUGGCGUUUGAGGCCAUUGUUAAGAAAGAGAUAGUGAAGCUCAAAGGCCCGUGUAUUAAAUGUGUUGAUAUGGUCAUCCAGGAGCUCAUAGCCACAGUGAGGCAAUGCAUCAGCAAGUUAGGGACCUUUCCUAAGCUACAGGAAGAGACAGAGAGAAUAGUGACCACACAUAUUCGGGAGCAAGAGAGUCAAACCAAAGACCAGAUUUUCCUUUCAAUAGACAUUCAGCUUUCCUACAUCAACACCAAUCAUGAAGACUUUAUCGGAUUCGCCAAUGCGCAACAGAGAAAUAAUCAGAUUACUAGAAAGCCUUCCACAUGGAACCAGGGUGCUGCACCUCCACCUCCCAGUCAAAUUGUGAUCCAAAAAGGCUGGCUGACCAUCAACAAUCUUAGUUUGAUGAAGGGAGGGGCCAGAGAGUACUGGUUCCUGCUGACUGCAGAGAGCCUCUCCUGGUUUAAAGAUGACGAGGAGAAGGAGAAGAAGUACAUGCUGCCUCUGGACAACCUGAGAGUGCGCUAUGUGGAGAAGACCUUCAUGUCCAGCAAACAUGUCUUUUCCAUCUUUAACAUAGAGCAGAGGAACGUAUAUAAGGACUACAGGCAUCUGGAGCUCGCCUGUGACACACAGGAGGAGGCAGACAGCUGGAAGGCCUCGUUGCUGCGUGCUGGAGUCUAUCCUGAGAAAACAACAGCGGAUGGUGAGAGCUCAGUGCUGGAUGAGAACUUAUCCAUGGACCCGCAGCUGGAGAGGCAGGUGGAGACCAUCCGCAAUCUGGUGGACUCUUACAUGAGCAUUGUCUACAAGAGCAUCCGAGACCUGAUUCCCAAAACCAUCAUGCACCUGAUGAUCAACAACGUGAAAGAGUUUAUCCACUCAGAGCUGCUGGCUCAGCUCUACUCUACAGGAGACCAUUCGGCUCUGAUGACCGAGUCCCCCGAGCAGGCUGUGCACAGAGAGCACGUGUUGCGGACUCACUCAGCCCUGAAGGAGGCGUUGUCCAUUCUCAGUGAAAUCUCCACCUCUACCCUGUCCACCUUGCUCUCAGCCCCUGUAGAAGGUCCCAGGCUACAGUCCAGCAUCAUUAACCGCGGCUCUCCAUCAGUCCUCUGUGCUCCUAAGAAGACUUCGUCUUGUCCUGGUCCUCCGACUCGCGGUCCUGCUCCUCCUGCCCCUCCUGCUACUCCUGUCCUUCUUCUCCCAUCUCGUUCUGCUCCUUCUGUCCCCAAAGGCCUGAAAAACAAAGACUCCCCUCAGACACUGACACGCCCCAACCGAUCCGCUCCCAGCAUUCCCAGCCUGAAAUGAUAUCCAUCAUCUAUGACAGCUAGCUCACGGGGAUUUGUUCGUGUUUUCUGAGAACCACCUUCAGUCUUCAGCAUACGUACUCCAUCCCUCUGCAGUACACCUGAAUAAACUAAUCAAGGUCUGACGGCAGUGUACGCUGUAACGGUUAGGGCCCCAUGACUAAACCCUGGCAGAACUGCCUCCUGUACGAUAUACAGUAUAUCGUGCAUUCUACAAAGCAUGAGUUACCGACUUUUACUGCCUAUAAAUUCCAGCGCUGGAUGUGUGUGCAUGAACUGUGCUUAAUAGCUUCAGAAGUCAGUCAUAUUUACUGUGUGUGCCAAAUGUUCAAAUAAAAAUUGCAGCACAGCACAGACAAUUGUGUUUCCUUUACAUGUUCUGAGAAAAGCAUAGCAUGCUGUUUCUUGGAUGAACAUUCAGUAUUAUGCUCAAAGGACUCUCUGCAAUGAGAGUGAAAUAUGAGGCUACCUAUCUGCACGUCUAAAAAUUUCUACCGUACCAGUUAAUGUUCCCAUAACUAUAAUACUGGCUCAGAGACACUGUUGGCUCCAUGCACAGAUUUAUAACCAGAAAACUGUUUAUGUUCAUAAAUCAAAAGAAAAAAAAAACAACAAAAGAAAAAGAAAACACUCUCAAACACACACUCACACACACACAGAUAUUUGUCUUACUAUCCUUGUGAGGACCUUCCAUUGACAACUUACUACUCUUACCUCAAUAACAGAAAAGGAAACAUUUUGACUCUUUUAGAUUUUGUUUAAAAGCUGUUUUUCUCAUGGGGAUGAGUCAAAUGUCCCCACAUGGACAAAACUGUCAGAUAUUCCUAUCAUUGUGGGGACAUGUGGUCCCCAUGAAGUUAUAAAAACAUGUACACACACACACACACACACACACACACACACACACACACACACACACACGAAUUAAGAUGCCGGCACAGUGAGGACAGAGGUUACUUGAGCUGGGUGGGGGUCUACUGGAAAAUGUGUUUUUCAUAUUUCUUCUUUUUUUUUUUU